CGCGCGCCUCGGCGCUCGGGAAAGCUCGCGGUCGCCCCGAGGCGCGCGCUGGCGGUCCUCGCUCCCACCGUUUACCUGAGGGACCCGUGGCGGUCCCUGGCCGGCGCUGUAGCCCCCUUGGAGCCGGGUCCAACGGUGUGAGAUAUUUCAAUCAAAGGAAGAAAAUAGCUCUUCUCCUAAGAUGGAAUCUAUUGUUUGGGAAUGUGGCUGAUCAACUUGAUAUGUUGGCCAAAUGUGCCCUAUGUAAUAAAAUGAAAAGAAGAGACAAGAUGAUGUCAUUUUCCCCGUAUUGUGAAACCAAAAACAACUGUCUUUUGUGAGACCAAGCUAACCAAACCUCUGACGGUGCAAAGAGUAUUUAACUGUUUGAAGAACUUACAGUAAGAUAUAGAAGAAGUACUUCUUCAAGCUGAGACCUGCAGGUGUAUAAAGAUCUAAAAUAUUGAGUAGGCCGGAUCACCCGAAUCUCAUUCAGAUCAAGGAAGGAUGGCUAUGAGUUGGAUCGUCUUCUGUCUUUGGCCCUUGACUAUGUUUGUGGGGCAUAUAGGUGGGCACAGUUUGUUCUCUUGUGAACCUAUUACCUUGAGGAUGUGCCAAGAUUUGCCUUAUAAUACUACCUUCAUGCCUAAUCUUCUGAAUCAUUAUGACCAACAGACAGCAGCUUUAGCAAUGGAGCCAUUCCACCCUAUGGUGAAUCUGGAUUGUUCUCGGGAUUUCCGGCCAUUUCUUUGUGCACUCUAUGCUCCUAUUUGUAUGGAAUAUGGACGUGUCACACUUCCCUGUCGUAGGCUGUGUCAGCGGGCUUACAGCGAGUGUUCAAAGCUCAUGGAAAUGUUUGGUGUUCCUUGGCCCGAAGAUAUGGAAUGCAGUAGGUUUCCAGACUGUGAUGAGCCAUACCCUCGACUUGUGGAUCUGAAUUUAGCUGGAGAUCCUACUGAAGGAGCCCCAGUGGCAGUGCAGAGGGACUAUGGUUUUUGGUGUCCUCGAGAGUUGAAAAUUGAUCCUGAUCUUGGUUAUUCUUUUUUGCACGUGCGUGAUUGUUCACCUCCUUGUCCAAAUAUGUACUUUAGGAGAGAAGAACUUUCAUUUGCUCGAUAUUUCAUAGGAUUGAUUUCAAUCAUUUGCCUCUCUGCCACAUUGUUUACUUUUUUAACUUUUUUGAUUGAUGUCACAAGAUUCCGUUAUCCUGAAAGACCUAUUAUAUUUUAUGCAGUCUGCUACAUGAUGGUAUCAUUAAUUUUCUUCAUUGGGUUUUUGCUUGAGGACCGAGUAGCCUGCAAUGCAUCUAGCCCUGCACAGUAUAAGGCUUCCACAGUGACACAAGGAUCUCACAAUAAAGCCUGUACCAUGCUUUUUAUGGUACUCUAUUUUUUUACUAUGGCUGGCAGCGUUUGGUGGGUCAUUCUUACCAUCACGUGGUUCUUGGCAGCUGUGCCAAAGUGGGGUAGUGAAGCUAUUGAGAAGAAAGCAUUGCUGUUUCACGCCAGUGCAUGGGGCAUCCCUGGAACUCUAACUAUCAUCCUUUUAGCGAUGAAUAAAAUUGAAGGUGACAAUAUCAGUGGCGUGUGUUUUGUUGGCCUCUACGAUGUUGAUGCAUUAAGAUACUUUGUUCUUGCACCCCUCUGCCUGUAUGUGGUAGUUGGGGUCUCACUCCUCUUAGCCGGCAUUAUCUCCCUAAACAGAGUUCGAAUUGAAAUUCCAUUAGAAAAGGAGAACCAAGAUAAAUUGGUGAAGUUUAUGAUCCGGAUUGGUGUUUUCAGCAUUCUUUAUCUCGUACCACUCUUGGUUGUAAUUGGAUGCUACUUUUAUGAGCAAGCUUACCGUGGCAUCUGGGAAACAACAUGGAUACAGGAACGCUGCAGAGAAUAUCACAUUCCGUGUCCAUAUCAGGUCACUCAGAUGAGUCGUCCAGACCUGAUUCUCUUUCUGAUGAAAUAUCUAAUGGCUCUUAUAGUUGGUAUUCCGUCCAUAUUUUGGGUUGGAAGCAAAAAGACAUGCUUUGAAUGGGCCAGUUUUUUUCAUGGUCGUAGGAAAAAAGAGAUGGUGAAUGAGAGCCGACAGGUACUCCAAGAACCGGAUUUUGCUCAGUCCCUUCUGAGGGAUCCAAAUACUCCUAUUAUAAGAAAAUCAAGAGGAACUUCCACUCAAGGAACAUCCACACAUGCUUCUUCAACUCAGCUGGCGAUGGUGGAUGAUCAGAGAAGCAAAGCAGGGAGUGUCCACAGCAAAGUGAGCAGCUACCAUGGCAGCCUCCACAGAUCCCGUGAUGGCAGGUACACUCCCUGCAGUUACAGAGGAAUGGAAGAGAGACUACCUCAUGGAAGCAUGUCACGACUAACAGAUCACUCCAGGCACAGUAGUUCCCAUCGGCUCAAUGAACAGUCACGACAUAGCAGCAUCCGGGAUCUCAGUAAUAAUCCUAUGACUCACAUCACACACGGCACCAGCAUGAAUCGGGUUAUUGAAGAAGAUGGAACCAGUGCUUAAAUUGCCCUGUCUAAGGUGGAAAACUUGUGCCAUUUAAAAAGCAGAUUUUAUUCUUUGCCUUUGCAUGACUGAUUGCUGUAACUCACUGUUAUGCGUUCAGUCAGGUGCAGAUUGUGUCCAUUUGAAAAGUAAACUUGCUUUUUAUAUUGCAUCAAACUUGGAACAUCAAGACGUCCAAAAUGCUAAGAAUUAUAUCGUCACAUAAAUAAUCCUUAUUUCUAGGUUAUGAAGAGAUAAUUAUUUGUCUGUGAGAUGUGAUCUUGCCAAAGCCACCAACCAGAUCUUGGUAUCCAGGCCCCUCCUACCAGUGAGUUGAUUGUCUGCACUUGCAUUGCCCAGUAGCAAAUAGGCUACAGAUUUUGUGCCCCUGCCCCCUCCCCCUUACUUUCAGAUUCUGGAUCAUUCUUGUUUACAGCUGAAAUAUAUAUAACCUAAACCCAAAGUGGUGUUUUAUUUGGGAUAUCUGAAAAUCAUUGUAGCUAAAUGAAGCAUGGUUAAUCUUGCUGUGAAGUAUCUUUUAAUCUUAAAAAUAUCAACUCAAAAAUUGACAUUUUUGUCUUGUAAUGUUUAAAUAACUUGCAGUAAAAACUAUGAACUUUAUUUGGCAUGAAAUUGAUCAGAACGGAAAGAAAAAUUCUGGAAAACGCUGGGUAUAUUAUAUAGAAAAGCGUGUUUAAAUAAGCUGUCCUCAACCCUGACUACAGAUAAGAAUCACUUGGGGAAUCUCUGAUGCCCAACAACUCCCUCUCAUUCAGAGGAGAAUUGGUAUUUUUUCUUAAAAAAAGCUUUCCAGGUGAUUCUAAUCUGCAGCCAGGCUGCAGUCUGUUUUAAACUAACUUGCCCUUGAUGAUGGUCUGACGGUAUCCUAUUACAUCGUGUGAAAAUCUAGCUGGACUCGAUAUUAUACUUUUGUAUCAUUACCUGAUAUACAAUUGUUCUCCAUUUUAUUGUCCUUUUAUAAUGUGGAAUUCUGGGCUCCACUCCUAAAGAUUCUUAUUCAGAAACUCAGAGGUGGUAGGACUUUAAAAUCUGUAGUUAUAAAAAUACUGUAGAUGAUUAUUUUGCAGAUCGUCUAAGAAUCAUACCUUAAAAAACAUUCUAGACUCCAGAGAGUUCAGCUUUGUCAUAUGCUAGCUUUUGACCUUUAACACGUUAACUUCUCUGAGCUUCAGUUCCCUUGUUUGUAAAUGAAGAUAGAAGAUAAAUACUUAUCUCACAAAGUUGUCAAAUAGGGAUCAAAUGAAGAAUCUUAUGAAAGUGAUAUGAAAAGCAUGAAAUAAUAUAAAGGAAUUAAGAUUAUUGAGGAUUUAAGAGAUUUGUUUGAGGGCUAUUAUAGUACAUUUCAUGACGUGUUUAAUUCAUGCGUACUUCUACUGUGUUUUUUUAAAACAAAAAUACUAAAAAAUUAGGUGUUGGUACAAGAAGCUUUUAGCAGGCACAAAAAUCAGUUUUCUGAUAAAAAUAAUUUGUAGGUCAUGUUGUUUCCUUCAAAGUACCUAUGUCUUAAUAUUUAUUGUUAUUAAUUCUUCGUAAGAUAUAUUUGAACAUUUGGCCCAAAGUGUUUUUCUUUUUCCUCGGUCUUCAUUGUAUUUCUCAUUGGAACUGGAGUUAAUAUUCAAAAUAGGCAGAGUCUGAAUUCCCCUAUAACUAAUAUUUAGUAAGCCUUUUCUCUGAAGGAAGGCCAAACUUUUAACAACCCAUUUAUAAAUAAAUUAGUAAUUCAUGAGGCUUUUGUCUGAGAAUCUCUUCUGAGAACAGCAUGAGAAGACCAACACAAACGUUCAGAAACAAAAAUAGGAAGUUAAAAUAGAAGGUACCAGUUUGAGCUCAAAGAUUGUUAGUCAUUGCCAUCUGCAUUAUAUUACCAAUUGCCAAAAUGUUAAUUGGUUUUCUUGUACAAGUGGCCAAGUAUAGACAGUUAAGUGAACAUCACUAUGAAAACCUUAACUUUGUGCUUCCUUAUUUUUACAUAUUCAUUUGUAAGCUUUUCUGUUAAACUAACUGUUGGUAUAUAUUGUAAGUGCUAUACUGACAUUUCAGUGACUUUCAGUAUCUUAAUUUUGCUCCACAAAAUUUAUUUAAUAUUGUUUACCCAUUGUUUUGAAUAACAGUGUUUAGUUUGGGCCGUGUUAUUUAUCAAACUAGUGUUCCAAAUUAAUUUUUUUUUUUUAAGAGACAGUUGAAGAACUAUAGCAAAACAGAGAUUUCAAGUUAGAACAAGCUUAAACCAACUUGAGC